CCAUUUUUUUAGAUCAGGACUCCAGGGCCUUGUAUAUUUAAAAUUUUUAUAUUUCGGGGUGUGCAUUAUAACGGCUAUACAGGCUCUCCUGGACUCGAUUAAUUGAAGUUAUUACAGCAGGGCACAAAGAAAACCAGUUGUUAGGUUAAUGGCGGAUUCAACAACGACCCCCAUCCCAUCAUUCCUCUCUUUCUCUCUUUGACUUAUUGGGCUCAUAUGCAUAAAUUGAACGUUGGUUUAAUGGCAGAUUCAGCCAUCAUCAAUCCUUCUUCUCUCUCUCCUUGUUCAUCAGCCGAUCCUGUGAAUCAAUCAGAGGAGUUAGAGCGAGAAGGUGAGAUGGUUUUGGCGGCUGCUUCGAUGCGCAGGUCGGGUUCUCGCCCGCAAUUGGAUUUGAGUGGGGCAGCAAUUCAGGGGAAUUUUGAGGAGAGAAGCCCGACUAUUUUGCUUCCCAAUCAGUUUGAUGACAUAUCGCGAAUGGCCCUUGAUAUUGGAGGAUCUCUUAUUAAGUUAGUCUACUUCUCAAGGCACGAGGAGAGCUCGACUAAAGACAAGAAGAAUGGUCAUUUGAAGAAGAAGCAGGAGGCUCCUAAUGGCAGUGCAUGGAGCUAUCCCACUCGUGGUGGUCAACUCCAUUUUGUGAAGUUUGAGACUAGAAAGCUUAAUGAGUGCUUGGAAUUUAUCAGAUGCAAACAACUUCAUAGCAGUGGGGAAGAUCUACAUUCAUGGAAGUUUGGAGGUUUACCUGAUGAAAAUGCUAUAAUAAAGGCCACAGGUGGCGGGGCAUACAAAUUUGCUGAGGUUUUUAAAGAUACACUGGGUUUUACUGUGGAAAAGGAAGAUGAAAUGGAUUGCCUUGUUGCAGGGGCAAAUUUUUUGCUUAAGACCAUCCGAUAUGAAGCAUUCACUUACAUGAAGGGACGUAAAGAAUUUGUACAGAUUGACCAAAACGACUUGUUCCCUUACCUUCUUGUCAAUAUAGGUUCUGGUGUUAGUGUAAUUAAGGUUGAUGGUGAUGGAAGCUUUCAACGAGUUAGUGGAACAAAUGUGGGAGGUGGUACCUUUUGGGGCCUAGGAAAGCUUCUGACAAAGUGCAAGAGUUUUGAUGAGUUGUUGGAGCUUAGUCAACGUGGGAAUAAUACUGCUGUUGACAUGCUUGUUGGUGACAUCUAUGGUGGAAUGGACUAUUCCAAGAUUGGUCUCUCUUCAUCAACAAUUGCUUCCAGUUUUGGAAAGACGAUUUCUGAAAAUAAGGAUCUCUUAGACUACAAGCCAGAAGAUAUUGCUUUGUCCCUCCUGAGGAUGGUUUCCUACAACAUAGCGCAGAUUGCAUACUAUAAUGCACUACUUUAUGGACUCAAGAGGGUCUUAUUUGGAGGAUUUUUCAUCCGUGGUCAUGCAUUUACCAUGGAAACCAUCUCUGUUGGUGUUCAUUCCUGGUCAAAGGGUCAGGCUCAAGCCUUGUUUUUGCGACAUGAAGGCUAUUUAGGUGCUUUGGGUGCUCUCCUAAGUUAUGAUAAGCCUGAUAUUGAAGAUUUAAUGACUCAUACCUUUGUUGAACAAUUUCCAAAUGAUGCUCAGUAUGUUGGGGGAUUUCAACCACAACAGGGUGGAAUUAAGGAGAAGGUUGGGCAAAAGGACAAUCAAAUUAUUCCUCCCAUCCCACUGACGAUGACAGGCAUCACACGCUUUGAACAACCUCAUUCUAACAGUGACAUGAAUGCUGCUCUAAACAUUGGUGUGCUUCAUCUUGUAACUUCACGUGAGGUGGCACCAUUAUUGGAGGAUCAUUAGAAGUUCAAGGAAUCUGCUUCCGAUUUACCAGGGGCCUGAUUUACACGCUUGUGGGCUGAAGGUGAAAAGAACCAUUGCUGAAGAUCACAUGCCUUGCAUAUAGUCCAACUAACCCAUUGAUAAUUAUUGUAUUUUGGUAUUAUUUUUUUCAUCCAUGUAGUUGUAAUUUAAUAAAUUGGAUGCUAUGAUGUGUUAAUGUAAAGCAAUGCAGAGAAGGAUACCUUAUUUGAGCAAUUAUUCAUAUUUGAACUUAAUCAA